AUGGAGCCAGGGGUCAUCAUCCUCUUCUCCAUUUGCAUGUCUGCUGUCAUCAUGUACAGCUUCAACCUUCUUAUCACCACCGGCAAACACUCUCACCGUCUUCCUCCAGGGCCUUCGACCUUUCCAAUCAUCGGAAACUUUCUAUGGCUCCGCCUAUCUUCUUCCCAAUUUGAGCAAAGACUCCGAUCCAUCCACGCUAAGUUUGGUCCUAUCGUCACCCUCUGGAUUGGCUUUCACCCCGCCAUCUUCAUCGCGGAUCGUUCCUUGGCUCACCAUGCCUUGAUCCAAAACGGUGUGGUUUUCGCCGACCGCCCUGAGCCCCUUGUCACCAACAAAGCUUUCAACAUCAGCUCCGCCUUUUACGGCCCUCUUUGGCGCCUCUUGAGGCGCAACUUAACAUCUGAAAUUCUCCAUCCUUCGCGUGUAAAAUCCUACAACCAUGCACGCAAUUGGGUGCUCAAAAUCUUGUUGGAUCGCCUCGAGUCUCAGCAUGAAUCCGGUGGGCCAGUUUACGUACUAAACCAUUUCCAACAUGCCAUGUUUUGCUUGCUAGUACUGAUGUCUUUCGGCGACAAGCUCGAAACGGAACAGGUACGAAAAAUCGAGGACGUCCAUCGUACCUUUCUAUUGGAUCUUCGUAGAUUCAACGUACUAAAUUUCAUGCCAAGUGUGACAAAGAUUAUAUUUCGUAGAAGAUGGCUAGAGUUCAAGCAAUUAAGAAGAAAAGUAGACGAUGUUUUGAUCCCUCUGAUAAGAGCAAGAAGAAACAUAAAGAAAGAGAUCGAAAUGAAACAAGAAACCGAUCAUGAAUUCGUCUUAGCCUAUGUUGAUACAUUGUUAGAUCUUCAACUUCCCGAAGAGAACAGAAAGUUAAAGGAAGAAGAAAUGGUUACACUUUGCUCGGAGUUUCUUAUUGCAGGCACCGAUACUACAUCAACAGCUCUGCAAUGGAUCAUGGCGAAUUUGGUUAAGAAUCAAAACAUACAAGAAAAACUAUACACGGAAAUCAAAUUGGUCAUGGGAGAGAAGGGUAGCACUGAAAUGGUGAAAGAAGAAGAUGUACAUAAUAUGCCAUAUCUCAAAGCUGUCAUCUUGGAAACUUUAAGGCGUCACCCUCCGGCACAUUUCGUGGUACCGCAUGCGGCGACGGAAGACGUGGUUUUGAACGGUUGGUCGGUGCCAAAGAAGGCGACGUUGAAUUUUAUGGUGGCGGAGAUGGGGUGGGACUCGACGGUGUGGGAGGAUCCCAUGGAAUUCAAGCCCGAGAGGUUUAAUGGAAUGGGGGAAGGGUUUGACAUAAGUGGGAGUAGGGAGAUUAAGAUGAUGCCAUUUGGGGUGGGCAGAAGGAUCUGCCCAGGCCUUGCAUUGGCGAUGCUUCACCUGGAAUAUUUUGUGGCUAAUUUGAUUUGGAGGUUCAAGUGGAGUGCUGUGAAUGGCGACGAGGUAGAUUUAUCAGAGAAACAAGAGUUUACUAUAGUGAUGAAGUAUCCAUUACAAGCUCAUAUAAACCCUAGGCUUUGA